CCGAGACCGGUGCAGCCACUGCGCAGAAUCGACUGGCAGAAGUGGCGCAAAGCCGAGACCCGAGAUCAAGCGGAAUGGCGACGGCUGAUGGUGACCUCGGACCGGGCCGGGACUGCAACAUCGUCAUCGUGGGCUGCGGAAUCGCGGGGAUAGCGGCAGCGCAGCGGCUGAUGGAGCACGGCUUCGGCCGGGUGCGCAUCGUCGAGGCAACGGAGCGGUGCGGCGGCCGCAUCUGGAGCCGCGGCUUCGCGAAAGGUUUGGUUGAAAUUGGAGCACAGUGGAUCCAUGGCCCCUCGAAGCGGAACGCUGUAUUUCAGUUAGCUGGCCAAUAUGGUCUUCUGGAUGAAACAGCAAUGUCCGAGGAGAACCAGGCAGUACAACUAGACACUCACCUGCCGGCCAUGACAACCUGGUACACCAGCUCUGGGAAGAGAAUAGACCCAGAGAUAGCAGCUUCCAUGGAAGAUCUAUAUUCAACGCUGUGCCUGAAAAGCAGAGAAUUCUUCCAAUCAAAGAAAGAACCUGUCCAGAGCCUGGGCGAAUUUCUCAAGUGUGAAAUAGCUCAGUGUGCAGAAAGUUGGAAAGACAAUGAGGAACUGUGCAGUCUUAAACUGGCCCUGCUGAAUGUGGAAUUUAAACUGGAAUGUUGUGUGGCAGGCACUGACAGCUUGGAUCUGUUGGCACUACAGCCGUAUGGUGAAUAUGUGAUGCUGCCUGGGAUUGACUGCACUUUUCCAAGGGGAUUUAACAGCCUCAUUGAUGAAAUGAUGAAACCCCUGCCAAAGAACUUAGUGUCAUUCAACAAGUCAGUUAAAUGCAUCCAUUGGAAUGGUUCCUUUGAAACACCAGCAGCUCUGAAACAGUCUUACCCGGUUGUAGUGGAGUGCGAAGACGGCGAAAGUAUACCAGCAGAUCAUGUUAUAGUCACUGUCCCUUUAGGUUUCCUCAAGGAACAUUACAAAACUUUCUUCUACCCCCCACUUCCUCCCAGCAAAGCCAAUUCCAUUCAGAAAAUGGGUUUUGGAACAAAUGAUAAAAUCUUUCUUGAAUUUGAUGAGCCAUUUUGGGAGCCAGAAUAUGACUUAAUCAAACUGGUCUGGGAGGAUGAAUCUCCGUUAAAUGAUCGGCCGCCAGAUCUGCAGAAGACCUGGUUUAGGAAGGUCCUUGGUUUUAUUGUCCUUAAACCAGCUGAAAGGUAUGGCCAUGUCCUCUUAGCUGUGCUGACGGGGCAGGAAGCCAACCUAAUGGAGCAGUUAUCAGACUCUGAUGUUAAAGAUUGUUUGACACAAAUCAUACAUCAGUUUACAGGAAACCCCUCAAUACCUCCACCAAAGAGAAUAGUACGAUCAAAAUGGCACAGUGAUCGGUUCACAAAGGGAUCCUAUAGUUAUGUCAAAGUUGGCAGUUCGGGUGAUGAUAUAGAUGUUAUUGCACAACCUCUCCCAUCAACGUCUGCAGAGGAACAGCCUUUACAGGUGCUCUUUGCUGGUGAAGCCACUCACCGAACGUUUUAUUCCACAACCCAUGGUGCCUUGGAAACGGGAUGGCGAGAAGCAGACCGCCUGCGAGAUUACUACCUGUGUCACUGUAACGUGAAGGGUUAAAUUACCUGGCAGUCAAAAACCACUUCUGCCACGCUGGUAGCUGAUUGGGCCGUUCAAAAGAAGUGGCAAAUCUGUCCUCAUUUUCAAGUUAUUCUUUACUAUUCCUUUGUUUUUCAUGUCCCCCACUAUAUGAGGCUCUUGUUAUCUCCUUAUCUCUCUUACUGGCUCCUCUGCUUAGACUUUGAUCCAUGUGAGUUUAACUAUUAACAACUUUCUGUGCUGGAUGAAUUCUAGACAAGUCACUCCCAGAAAGAUAGAGAAUCAGAAUCAGGGUUAAUAGCACCAGCACAUGUUGCAAAAUUUGUUGUUUUGCAGCAGCAGUACAUUACGAUACUUAACAGUAAGAACUAUAAAUUACAAUAAGAAAUAUAUUUUAAAAGGAGAAUGAGAUAAACAAAAGAGGGGGGAAAUGUAGUGAGGUAGUGUCAUUGGUUCAAUGUCCUUUCAGAAAUCUGACAGUGGAGGAGAAGAAGCUGUUCCUGAAUCAUUGAAUGUGUGCCUUCAGAAUUCUGUACCUCCAUCCUGAUGGUAGCAAUGAGAACAAGGCAUGUCCUGGGUGACGGGGUCUUUAAUGACGGAUGAUGCCUUUUUGAGGCAUCGCCUUUUGAAGGUGUUUUGGAUGCUGGGGAGGCUGGUGUCCAUGACACGGGUGGCUGUGUUUGCAAGCCUCUGCAGCUUUUUCUGAUUCUGUGCAGUGGCCUCUCCAUGCCAAAUGGUGAUGAAACCAGUUAGAAGGCUCUCCAUGGUGCAUCUCUAGAAAUUUCUUAAGUAUCUUUGGAGACAUUUCAAUUCUCCUUGAACUCCAGAUAAAAUAUACCUGCCCAGGAAAGAUCUUUAGAGAUAUUGGCACCCAGUGCUGAAGAAUACUGAGGACUUGGCAGGGAAAGGUGUCAGACGGGGAUGACAGGGUUACUUGGAGGCAGCUCUUGAUAGCCGUCCGCGGAAGAUCCCAUGGAUAACAGCAGGAGGGAGGGCAGAAAAGGCCAAUGUCCUCUUUCUGUGCUGUGGUGCUCACUGACUCUAUGGUCAGUGACAAUUACUGUAUUUCCAGUCUAAUGCCAGCACCAGAGCUGGGAAAUAUAAAUUACCGAUAAUAUAUUAAAUGAAUGAAUCUCCAUGUUGUCAUCACUGUUACUGCACUGGAAGGCCACUUGUCUUAUUUUUUUCUUCCCGUGAGUUUUAAUGUAAGGUGCAAGCUGGCCUCCAGAUUGACAUGAUGCAUAGCAUUUAUGCUCUCUGCCCAAGCCCUGUCCAUCUCUCUAUGGCUCAAUCCUCAUAACUCAGUCAGUUGACUGUAAAAAGCAAUAUUGUUCUUCUUCUCUGCAUGGCCGUCGUUGCUUGGAUGUUAUUCCUUGGUCUCGGUAAUCAAAACUAAAAUUUAUUUUCAAAAUGCAAAUAAUUUUGUAGAUUAUUAAAUAUUUUUAUCAAUUAUCAAUGACAAAUUCUUAACAUCUGAACAUCUGUGGCUUAUUUGAAUUUAAUUGCAUCUUUUGAACCCAAUUGCUGGAAAAAACUUGUUUUUGCUUUGAAUUUACUGAAAAUGUCAUAGCAAUAUGUAAAAUGAUUGUUUUUCCCGUACUCUAUGGACAUUUGAUGAACAAUGCCUGAAAUGCACUUAAAAUUCUCAUAUUGUGUCCACAAGAAUGUGAUUUUUACAUUCAUUUAAAAUUACUGAAUGUCUGCAAAUCUAUUAAACACUUACUCAUCCUCGA